AUGGCAAUGCACCACCAAGGCUUCGAAGUCGAAGUAUUCGAAAAAGUCCACGAGUUCCUGCGUCUGGGCGACUCCUUGGGACUAGGGGAGAAUGCACUCAGGCUGUUAGAGCGCUGGGGUCUGCACGAUGAACUGGUCGCGCUGGGAAAUAAGUCAGAGUUCCUCCAGAUUCGACACUGGAAGACCGGCGAGAUCAUGGCCCAGCAGUCGGCUAUGGAUAUGGCUGGAUAUAUUGGACAUAGAGGGGACUAUCAUCGCGCAUUUUUGGAUAGAGUUUUGGCUUUGGGAGUUCCACUGCACAUGGGGCGUAAUGUUGUAUCCUACGACGAGAAGAAACCUUCGAUUACCCUUGCGAAUGGUGAACAGCACGAAGCCGAUGUGAUCAUCGCUGCUGAUGGCAUCAAAUCCCUCGCCCGCGAGCUCGUCCUCGGAUUCGAAGAUAAGCCCAAAUCGUCAGGAUAUGCCUGCUACCGAGCAUACUUCAAAGGAGCAUUCUUAAAAGCAGACCCCGUCUGUCGAGAGUUCGUUGAAAAAGAAUGUAUAAACAUCUGGAUCGGGCACGACGUGCAUCUAGUCCAGAAUACCCUCCGCGACGGAGAAGAAUUCAACUGGAUCCUGACGCACAAGGAUACUGAAGACAUCACAGAGUCCUGGUUCCAGCCGGGGAAUAUGGAUAAUGUGCGAGAGACAAUUCGGGAUUUGGACCCACGGAUUGCAGCGGCAGUUCAGAAGACGAAAGAGUGUCUGGAUUGGAAGAUCUGCUAUCGGGAUCCAAUUCCAUCAUGGGUUAGCAGGAGCCAUAAGAUUGCUCUUCUUGGGGACUCGUGUCACCCGCAUCUGCCAACCAGUGCACAGGGUGCAUCCCAGGCGACGGAGAGUGCGGCGGUCCUGGCGUUGUGUUUGAAGCUGGCUGGGAAGGGAAAUGUUCCUCUUGCGACGCGAGUAUAUGAGAAACUGCGGUUCGAUCGGGUGCGCAAGUGCCAACGAAACGGGGAGGAUAUACGCGACAGAUGGCAUGGGGCGUUGAAGAAACUGGAGGCAGGCGAGAGGCUGAACCCAGAAGAUGUGAUGAUGAGGAAUCGAUGGCUGUAUCCCUUUGAUGCAGAGACAGAUACGCUCGAAAGGUGGAACGAAGUCGCGAAUGUCGUCGAAAAGGAGUUGAAUGAUGGCAAUGUUACUCCCCUGUUUGAUACAACUGCUAAUGGAUCAGCCUGA